AGAUAGUCACAGCCUAAGCUGUAAGAGAUUUAAAGUGGGUGUGCAACGCAGAGAGUACCGUACAGCAGUUGCAACAACACCAGUUGUGCAAAUAGCAAAAGGAAAAACCAACAAAAAACUUAAUACAUCAGCAAACCUCACCUGCGGAGAAGCGUCGCGUACCGGUGCGCAGCCGUCGUGCUCUACCUCUCUCUCUCUCUCUUAUAUAUCUUCCUCCGCUUAACAGCUUCCUCCCUCGUUGAACUGCACGAGGCGACCGACAAAGCCAAGCUAGUUCCGCUAUUUCACUACUUCACGACCGCAUCUGCGUAAACACCUUCGGCGGUCUGCUGCGGCACGCAAAGCUGCGGCAGGAGACCCGCAAAAAGAACCCUCCAAAAUUGUUUUCUGUUCUGCUGAGCGGAACUGGGCGUCCCGCUUUCAUUGUAGCGAAAUCAUUCGUCUUUUCGUCGUUCCUUUCUUUAUAUAGAUCUCCUUUGCUACAUUGUCGUUUUCCUUCAUCGGAACUCUACUGUUCAUAGUGGUGCCACCGCCUUUUUGUAAUCCAGUCCACCCUCUCGUUAUUUUCCUCAUUAUUUUUGUUUCUGCUCGCAGUGGCGCAGCUGGUGUCACGUCCAGAGGGAGGAACGAAUUGCUCUGUUGAUGCGUUGCCUCUUUUUUUCCCUUAACCUUUUCAUUCGAGAAGUAAUUGCCUUUUUUUCUUCUUGAUUCUUGAAUGCAACGCACAGAGAGGCACACCGGCUAGGAUUCUUUAUAUGUAUAUACUUUUCUCUUCGCUCGGCGAAGCAGUCGUCCUCACAGAUAUUUUAUCUUUUAUCCUUUCUACAGCGAAUAUACCGUUUCUGUUCUUUCCUGAAGCUCAUUAACGGUUUCGGUUCAACGCGGGAGUCCAAAGAGGUAACUCGUUUCAUUACAUUGGCAUAUUCUUUUCUGUUUGUUUGUUUUUUAACCAUUGCGUUUUGUGCGUUGAAAAACCUUCAGGGAAACUUUUUCUCGUUCUCUGCGAGAAUACAGGAAAGUAAAGCAAGUUACCCUCUACCUCCCUUCACCCCCUUCACCCCCUUUUCCCCCUUCCCCCCUUUUUUUACCAAUCCUUUUUUUGCAUUUUCUUUCUUUUCAACGGAAGUGUGUGCGUACGCGGCACCCCAGGGUAUAUAUAUAUAUAUAUUGCUGCUUUGUUGUUGUCGUUGCGACAUUCACCGAGCCCAACGCCGCUGUUCUUACGGGUCUUUUUGUCUUGCUCUUCUUUCUCUGUUGAGCACUGUAUUCAAUUUUCGACUUGAUUUUUUUUCCAUCACUUCCCUCUUCUAAGCUGUGUGUCUGAUUUUUAUUCUCCCCCCCCCCCUUUCCACCCUGCUCAUAGCCUUUAAAAGCUGUUUUCUGACUUGUGCGUUAAUGUAAACGUUUCUGCAUAGCCUUUGGUUCAUUGCUUACUUGAGCUUUUAAAGAAUUGUAUCAUUUACGCGUAUCAGCGCUUCCCUCUCCUGCAGAGAAAGGAAGGGAGGUCUAAAAAGGGACGUAUUUGCUUCGGUGCGCUCAUCCUUUUGUUUGAUCGUUCAUAGGGGAUCUGUGAGCCGUCUCCCUUCUCCUCCUUUCCUUAUUUAUUUUGAUAUUCGUGUUGCCAAUUAUCUUUUAUUGUCUUGUUUACCUCUUGUGCAUAUAUUCGUGCUACACACACACACACGUACAGAUCUUCCUGCUGGAAAUCCGGGGCAAGUUCCUCGUGGGUGAUGCGACCCGCGACGAUUUGACGCUGCGUUUGUGGGAACAAUUCUCCCUCUGGACGAUCGAAGUUGCUGAGCAGAAGUGUUCCUGCGAAGCGAUGUUGUCGCUCGGCAAGGACCUGCUUACCCAGGCGCGGCUACGGAUCGCAAAGGUAAACGACCCAAAAAUGCCCAUGAAGACAGUCCAGCAGUUGGUGGCUGUCAAAAUGGAUCCUGACGACCAUAUUUUGGUGGCCCUCCAGAAGGCACGGUCUACGACAUCAAACACCCACAGGUCCUCGCGUUCAUCUCGCCGCUCCCGCAGUCCAAUAAUUGACCGCUCCCGAUCCACCUCCCCAGCCUACAGCGACAGACGCCCCGCUUUGUAUUGUACGUACUGCAAGAGGCCUGGGUAUGCAACGAACAAAUCCUACAAGAAAAAAUGACGUGAGAGGAGGCGCGUCGAAAUGAAACGGCGCGCCGCUCCCGCUAACGAGCACCCUUCCGAGCGAGGACGCGGCUUUGGUACUGGGUCUGCGCAACCGCACCUCAGAGAUCCUUCAGCAAGGCGACCGCCGCCUGUUCUUCAUCACCGACGAAGCCGUGGCACCCGAGGUGGCGUCAUGCUCAGCGCCGCAAACGAGGCGGCAGGCAAAAUGUGGGCCGAAAGCACGUGGAGCUCGCGCCUGAGUGUCGGCGGACGGUUCGCCCAGUUUUGCGAGUCCUUUCACCUGCCACACGGUCGGACGGCAAUUGCUGCUUUUCUGUUAGCAAGGGGCCUGAAGUCAUCCACGCGCCUUCAGUACGCCAAGUGGCUCCGGGACACGGUUCUGCGACCAAAGGACCCCCUCGACGCGUUAAUCCUCGGCCUGCAACGGAUGUGAGCAAACGAAGAAAAUCGGCAAGCGAAGCCGUCAACCCAAGCGCAACUCUUCGAGAUGCUACAACAAUUCCCUUGCCUCGAUCAGCACGUGGCCUUGCGGCUUGCGGGGAUCACGGCGAGCCGCAGGGGCGAAGUCAGCCAACUGUCUCGCAAGAACCCCAUCAUCCAACGCGCCGGCACAGUGAUUGUGGACCGGGUAGCGAAUCCCAAAACGGCCCAAUUGGAUCCCAACCGAGCAGCACGGUACUUAAGGAUCGAGGGCUACGGUGCACAGCAACUCCGCCGAGUCUUGCGCCCUCUACGCCCGGAUGCUCCGCUGCCGACCAUGAGCGAUGCGAUGCUCCUAAAAUGCCUCCGCCAGUUCGGGUGCACGAAGCACUCGAUCAAGCGUGGCGCAAUUCAGCACGUCGCAACGUUGAUGGCACAGGAAGAGGGUCCACAGGACAUUCGGGUUCUGUCGCAGUUGGCGAAACACAAGAACUCUUUGGACGCCCCAGGAACCACGGUGGGGUACGCGGGAGCCACUUUGGGAAACCUGGCACCGAUCAACCGCUGGGUGGCGAAGCUGUAG